UGCACCGCUAAUACGGCGAUAAGCCGAGUAUUGAAGCUAGGAAAGGGUUUUGUGUAGAUUAAUAAUAAUAAUAAUAAUAAUACAGACAGACAUUCGCUGCGUUUAUUUAUUAUAAUCCUGUGAUUUAUCUGAAAGGAGAGCGUGAUGUCUCAGUCAGGAGAGGACAGACAGCAUGGUGCUGAGAGUGUGAAUAAGGCUGGGGGACUCAGUGAUGUAUCAGAGGUGUGUGUGAGGAGGAGGAGGAGGAAGAAGGAUGAUGAUGAUGAUGAUGAUGAAGAUCCUCUGCAGGGUCUGGUCCUCUCUCCUCACACUGUACUGGAUGAAGCUCAUCACACGGGCAGGUUAAAGUGCUCCACCUGCGGCUCGUCCCGCCUCCUCUACUGCUACACCUGCUGCUGCCUGGUGGGACUCGACCCUCAGCUCGUCCCCAAGGUCAAGCUCCCUGUGAAGAUUGACAUCAUUAAACACCCGAAUGAGACAGACGGGAAAAGCACCGCAGUUCAUGCUAAACUCAUCUCACCAGACGACGUGUCCAUUUACACAUACCCCUGCAUCCCAGAGCUGGACACACACAUGCACGACGUGGUUCUGGUGUUUCCAGGUCCAGACUCCAUGACGGUUCAGGAGCUGGCAGAUUAUAUGAGUAAGAACGGGAGGAAAAGGGAAGCGGAGAGAUCGCAUGAGGAGGAGGAGGAAGAGGAGGGGGACGCCAAGAAACCCAGAGUGGAAGAGACGAGCGACAGCUCACACACACCCUCACACACACCCUCACACACACGCACGUCACAGAACACGCAACACACAGCGGGGCACAGCUGGAAGCUUAAGCGGGUCGUCUUCAUCGACAGCACCUGGAAUCAGACCACUAAAAUCAUUACUGACGAGCGGUUACAGGAUUUGCCACGUGUGGAGCUGAAAUCCAGGAAAACGUGUUUCUGGCGUCACCAGCGAGGAUCUCCGGACACGUACCUGUCCACCAUCGAGGCGCUGUAUUACUUCCUGAAGGACUUCCACGUGCAGUGUUUGGGACGAGAGUACAGCGGGGAGUACGACAACCUGCUCUUCUUCUACAGCUUCCUACACAAACUCAUCAGAAAAGCCAAGCAGGGCAGAGUGUGAGGAGGAGAAUAUGUUCACUUACACACACACACACGCACACGCAGCCUGAGUUUCUCCACCAUCAUCUCUCUCCAUUGCUGUAUGAGUGGUGUGAUGUAUUUACAGAUCACAGCGGGGUCACACUGAGUGUGCAGUGGAGUGUGAUGAAAAAUAAACGUCAUGCUAAUUGCUA